AUGGGGUUAUAUCAAGGAGAUCAUCCAAGAAUAAAGAAAAUAUUCAUUAGAAAGACAGAGGAGGAAGAUAUGCCAUUUUCGAACUUAGAUAAAACUAAUUUGGGUGCGCGGACUGUGCGCCCGCCCCCAGCUGCCGGGUCUCGGCCCCCGCUCUGUCCUCUAGGGGCGGGCGCAGUGCGUGGCGGGCACCCGCGGCCGAGAGCGCCGGGCGCGUGGAGCCGUGUGUUUGAACAAUCUUGUUUUGUGAACCCGAGCCUCCAGUGGAACCUCCUCAACAAGGGCAAGCAGUGGAAGCCCCCCAUGGUAGGCCAGCAGUUUCCUCAGGAGGAUGCUGGAACAGACUAUAGCAUUCCCUCUGGUGCCCAAGACACCUUGGCAUUGGACAAUACAGUCUUCUGUACCAAACAUAUCAGCAUUCACCUCCUUGCCUCAUCUGCCAAUGGGCUCAGUAGUAGCCCUGCCUGUGGAUCUGCAAUUGACCCUCCAUCACUUGAAGUAGAUAAAACUCUGGUUCCCUCUUCCUCUCAAAUUCCUGGCGUAGAUGAUGUGGCCACCCAUCUCUCCUCCAUCCAUCUGGACCAGCCUAUGAGGGAGCCUAAGGAAAGCAGGAAGCUGGACUUACCUGCUAGGGAUCUUGGUUCAGAUGCUGACUUCCAGCCAGACCAGGUUGAAGCUGAAGAUGCAGAAGAUGAUCUCCUAGAUGGUUUGGAAGACUGCUGCAGCCAUGAUGAGAACGAAGAUGAGGAUAGAGACUCGGAGUGCUCCUCGUUCAGCGCUGUCUCUGCUAGUGAGUCAGUAGCAGUGAUUUCUCGGAGCUGUGCAGAGGUUCUGUCCAAACCCCUUUCCAGUAAUGAGAAAGUUGUCCGACCAGCCCUAACCUACAGCCUCUUCCCCAAUGUGCCUCCUACCAUCUAUUUUGGCACUCGAGAUGAGCGUGUGGAAAAACUUCCCUGGGAGCAGAGGAAGUUGCUCCGGUGGAAGACGAGUACAGUGACCCCCAACAUUGUCAAGCAAACCAUUGGACGAUCCCACUUCAAAACCAGCAAGAGAAAUUAUGACUGGCUGGGCUGCUGGGGUCACCACAUGAAGUCUGCUAGUUUCCGAUCCAUUCGGGAGCAUCAGAAGCUGAAUCACUUCCCAGGCUCCUUCCAGAUUGGGCGGAAAGACCGACUAUGGCGGAACCUGUCCCGCAUGCAGACCCGCUUUGGCAAGAAGGAGUUCAGUUUCUUUCCCCAGUCUUUUAUCCUGCCCCAAGAUGCCAAGCUCCUGAGAAAAGCCUGGGAGAACAGCAGCCGCCAGAAGUGGAUUGUGAAGCCACCAGCAUCAGCACGAGGCAUUGGCAUCCAGGUCAUUCACAAACGGAGUCAGCUCCCCAAGAGAAGGCCCCUCCUGGUACAGAGGUAUCUACACAAACCCUACCUCAUCAGCGGCAGCAAGUUUGAUCUGAGGAUCUAUGUUUACGUCACUUCCUAUGAUCCUCUACGAAUUUACCUCUUUUCAGAUGGUCUCGUCCGCUUUGCCAGUUGCAAGUAUUCUCCUUCCAUGAAGAGCCUUGGCAACAAGUUCAUGCACUUGACCAACUACAGUGUCAAUAAAAAGAAUGUUGAGUACCAAGCCAAUGCAGAUGAAAUGGCCUGCCAAGGCCACAAAUGGGCACUGAAGGCUUUAUGGAACUACCUGAGUGAGAAGGGAAUCAAUAGUGAUACCAUCUGGGAGAAGAUAAAAGAUGUUGUUGUCAAAACUAUAAUUUCGUCAGAGCCCUAUGUAACCAGCCUGCUGAAGAUGUAUGUGCGGCGGCCCUACAGCUGCCAUGAGCUCUUUGGUUUCGAUGUCAUGCUCGACGAGGACCUCAAGCCCUGGGUCCUGGAAGUCAACAUUUCCCCUAGCCUCCACUCGAACUCUCCAUUGGACAUCAGCAUCAAAGGCCAGAUGAUCCGGGACCUUCUGAACCUGGCAGGUUUUGUUCUGCCCUCUGCAGAGGAUACACUUUCCAGUUCUGGCAGUUCCAGCAGCUCUGCCACC